CUCGGUUGAUUUGCAGCCUUGAAAGAUCGGGCGUCCAGCCUGGCGCGGCGGCCUUCUGCCUGCUGGGUUGCGGUGGUGGUGGUGAUUUCAUUUGAGUUGACGUCCAGAUAAAAGCUUAGCAAGUGCUUGUAGCCUGUGGGUCGAUCGAUCGAUCGAGAGAGACUCUUCCAUUUCACACUAAGGUCGGCGGAGAAUAGAAAUAGAAAUAGAAAUAGAGAAGGGGGGAUGGCUUCGGAGGAAGGACAGAUAGAUGAAAUGGAUUCUCUAUUCGAAGGGAUGGUCCUUUUUAACCCCCCUUCCCAGAUGGCUGAUGAUGAUCACGUUCAUGUUCAUAAUCAUCAGCAUCAGCAGCUACAGCUGCAAGAACAAGAACAAGAGCAACAGGAACAGGAACAGGAACAGGAACAACCUUCUCCAUCCGAUAAUACUUUGGCAGGAUCGUCCUCGUCAACAUCCCAGCCCCUUGACGAAAACCUAUUCUCUGAUCUUACGCUCAUCACUCCCCUCCAAAACCAAUUAAUAAGCCCUCAAAUUCAAGCCCAACCCUAUCAUCCCCCUCUCCCUACCACUACUACUACUAUUACUACUACUACAACUACAACAAGAAGAAGCAACAGGGAGGUUGUUCCCUCAUCGUCAUCAGUAAUAUCUCGACAGUUUUCCACCAGAAAGAAAAAGAGAGGUGGUUUGAGGAUCGGAUACGGUAGAGACGCCCCAAUUCCCGAUGAUCGGCCUUCUCCUCCUCCUCCUUCGCAGCAUGCCCAUGUUCGAUACUCGGAAUCGGAGCUUCCACCACCACCAUCUUUAUCAUUCACUGCCAAAUCGGAAUCGGAAUCAGAUGGAUCUGCAUCUGCUCCACAACGACAACACCAACAACAAGAAGAAGCCUCCCGCUGCCCUAUUUCUGACUCUCAACCGGGGACUGCGACACCGAACACCACAGUAGAGAGCGAUUUUUCAGACACCACUUGUAAACAAGUUGACUCUUCCCAUUCUACCGCAGCAAGUGAUGAUGAUGAUAUUGAUGAUGAUGAUGAUGAUGAUAAUUUGGUCUCAGAUGCACAUCCUCCUCCUGCGCCUACACAUACGCCUAGGGUUUUGUCCAUGGAUCAUGAUCAAGCAAGAGACGACGACCAAGUAAACACUACUAGUAGUAGUAGUAAUAGUAGUAACGCGUCAAUUGAAUCGAGGUCUGAACAAAUUAGGGCCCAGAUCUCUCAGAAGCUCAGUCAUGUUCGGGACCUGGUCGUUUCUGUAUCUGCCGCACGGAAGGAUUCCACAAGGAGGAGAAGAAAAGCUGCCGAGACUGUAAAUCUUGCAUCCACCAGGUACAGACAACUUGAGAAGGAGCUGGAGGAAGCCUGCGAGGCCGAAGAUUUUGAGACCGCCGACUGUCUUAGUGAGAGCCUUGCAUCCGCAGAGAAGGACAAGGAACGCUUGGCCAUUGACCUCAGACUUGCUGAAGCGGACUGUGAUGCUGUUGAUUCUAAGAUGCAGGAGGUUCUGGAGCAGCAAAUUGCUGCUGAGGAGGAAUGUGCUUAUCUCCUCAAAAACUUUGCCAUGGAUGCUGCUAAUGAUUCAGACCUAGUCCUAAAAAAUGCGGAAGUGGCAUCUGGAAAAGAGCUGGAUGCAUGGCUUUCAUUAACCGAAGACUUAGAGUUGAAGAAGAUGGAGCUGGAAAUUGAAUCACAUUUAAUAAUUUCAGCAAGAUUGGUGUUGAGUGAUUCCAUUGAACAUUCAGUGGAGGAUGAUAGGAGAGAAAGAGAACUUCUUUGUAAGAGAAAAGAGAUGUUGAGAGACGAACUGGAGAAAUUGCUUGUUUUAGUGAAAGAAAAGGAAGUGGAAAUAACUGAAACUGAUCAUAACAUCAAAACAGUUGAGAAAAGAAUUGCUGAUGUUGUCUCUAGCUUUCAGGAGGUGCAGUCAAGUGUAGAUACAAAGUAUGAUAACCUGCAGUCAGGCCUUUCUCAGAUGGAGCUACACAAUGAAGCUUUAACUAGAAAAAAGAAGGAAAUUGAUGAUUUCCUAUCUCAGGAAAAAGACAGGGGAACAAAGCUUCAGGAACUUGCCCAGAUAUCUGCAGAUGAAGCAAAUAUGUACCAAGAAGUUGUCGAGCUUCGAAAGAGUCUUGUGCUGUUCAUUCUGAAGUCCAGGGAAGAAAAGGUGAGGCUUGCCACUACUGAGGAGAAACUUUCACAGGAUGUCCAUAUACUCAGACAGGAGAUUUCUGCUGCAAGAGCUUCUCUUCAGGAACUAUCUUCAACGAAAUCUAGCUUCCAGCAGGAAAUUGAAUCCUUGAACCAGAGGCUAGUCUUCAUAGACAAAAGAGUCCCAGAGCUGGAAGCAGAAAAGAAAGUUGCUGCUACUGCAAGAAAUUUCAAGGAAGCAGCACGGAUAGCUACUGAAUCCAAGGCACUAAGUGUUGAAAAAGAAGGUUUAAAGAUCAAAAUGGCAGGGGUUGUCCUUGAGCUUGGGAAGCUUGAGGAAGAGAUUUGCGACACUGUUAACAGACUGCAAGAAACUGAAGGGCAGAUUUCAACCAAGGAAAAAGAGGUAGCAAUGGCUAGAUUCCAGAGACUACUACUAAUAGCUGGUGCUGCCAAAGCUGAAAGAUCAGCUGCUCUGGAAUUAGGUGAUCUUGAAGAAACUGACAUUCUACUUGCAGAGGCAGAAGCCGCAGAAUCUGAAGCAAGAAAAAUUCAGCCAGUUUACAAUUUCAAGGAGGAAGAGUUUGCUAAUAUUCCAAAACAGUACAUCUCUAUGGAACUUGUGUCCAAUCUUGGUGGGAAGCAGUUGGCAGAAUUGGUAGCAUCUGCUGCUUAUAUAUCUCCUACAUAGUAAUUGCCACACUGGAAUGACCAAUUUUUUGAGCUUCCAAGCUAAUAUAAUUCUUGGAUUGUAUUGUGCUGAAUCGAAUACAAGGAAAUACCAAAGAGUACGAGGCUGGACUAGAAUUGCAUAUUGCAGAUCUCCGCGAUGCCCUAUUGUACGAUUUUUCCUAGUCCAAUUUUAGGAGAUCAUGUUUUGUGGAUCAAGAGUUGAAUCCAAUCCUCAUUCAAGCGUUGAUUGAAUUUUUUUUUUUUUCUGAAAUUUUUUCUUAUGAAUAAUCUUCUGCAUCAUCAAUACAUGUUCUCCUGUUAUCUUAA